GGCGAGGUGGGCCAUUUGGAAAAACGAGCCGAGAGAGAGAGAGAACCAUCGAAGGUUUGCGGUUCAAUGCAUGUUUUCUUCAUGCAAAAAAUGACUCGUGCCAUACCGUAACCGCAGGAAGAAAAGUGGUGUGUUUGUUGUUCAACGAGCGGCUUAGUUCCCUGGGCUGGUCGAAGCUGUGGCUUCCUUAAUUGGCUUUGAUGGUAUGGAUGGACAGGUCGCCUGAGAACAACAAAACAAGGUGAGGUUCACAACACGAUGGAGUGAGCAGCCCCCUUGCUUCAUGUUGAUUGUCAGUGAAGCUCGCCAUGAACGGAUACAGUUCUUCAAAUUACCCUGUCGGAGGGCUGGGGGCCUACUCCUCACCCACCAAUGGAUUUGGCUCCCAGACUCCUGAGCGCUCCGGCAUGGACACGGCCUCCACGAAGAGCAGUGCAAAGGCCUUGUACGGGACGGACGGGCUGUACUUCUUCAGAUCAUCGUCCAAACAUAGAAAAAAAGAGAUAAGGAAGAGCUAUGCGAGGAGCAGCCUUUCCAGCUUGUCGGAGACCUCGCAGUACCGGGUUGAGCACUUGACCACCUUUGUGAUGGACCGCAAGGAGGCCAUGGUGACCAUGGAGGACGGGCUCCGGAAGCUGAAGCUGCUGGACGCCAAGGGGAAGGUGUGGACCCAGGACAUGCUGCUGCAGGUGAACGACAAGGCGGUCAGCCUCAUCGACGUGGAGACAACGAAUGAGCUGGAGCUCUUUCCCCUGAGCACGAUCCAGCACUGCCAGUCUGUGAUGAACGCCUGCAGCUACGACUCCAUCUUGGCGCUGGUGUGUAAAGAAGCAGGCCAGGCCAAGCCAGACCUGCAUCUCUUCCAGUGCGAUGAGAUCAAGGCGAACCUGAUCCAGUCGGAUAUCGAAAGCGCGAUCAGUGACAACAAAGGAGGCAAGCAGAAGAGAAGGCCGGACACACUCAGGAUGAUUUUGAAGAGUGGCAGCACCAUCCCUCCGCCCCCCUCUGCCCCGGCCCCAGUCCCCCCUGCCACUGUCACGCAGGUGGAUGUGAAGAGCAGGGUGGCAGUCUGGUCAGCCUGGGCAACUUCUGAGAACCAAGACUGUGAUAAGCAGAGGAUGGUUCUGGAGCACGAGGAGACCCUGGAGAUGUUGGGAGAGCACGUGGACUGUGACGUGCAAAUUUUAAACCAUCUUUUGGAAGACAUUGAGUAUUUUGUUACCAAACUUCAGAAAUCUGCUGAAGCGUUUUCUGAACUGUCAAAGAGGAAGAAAUCCAAGAAAAGUAAAAAGAAGGGGCCGGGAGAGGGAGUCCUGACUCUUCGGGCGAAGCCACCGACUCGGGAACAGUUUGUCGACUGUUUCCAGAAGUUCAAGCAUGCCUUCAACAUGCUGGGCAAAUUACGAACCCACAUUCAGAACCCAAGUGCCCCCGAUCUGAUCCACUUCCUGUUCACACCACUCAAAAUGGUGAUCCAGACCACUGGGGGGAUAGAACUGGCCAGCAGCGUCCUCAGCCCCUUGCUAACGAGAGACUCCAUCGACUUCCUGCACUCCUGCCUCACACCGGGGGAAAGACAGCUGUGGGUGUCACUCGGUGAUGCCUGGAUCAAACCAAGGAGCGACUGGCCCAAGGACCACUACAUCCCCACCUACGUGCCUCGCUUCCGCAAAGGCUGGGAGCCGCCCCUGCUGAACUUCAUGGGGAGCCCACAGGAGCAGGACCUCCACCAGCUGGCAGAGUCUGUGAGCCAGGCUGCUGAGCACCCCAGAGAGGAGCAUCGCAGGCUGUCGCUUGAGCAACCCAGUGUCCAGGACUUCCCUCCAACCGAUGGGUAUGCAUUCAGUAACACAGCUUUCAAACACGGGCCUCCCCUGGACCAGGAGUCAGCUGUGGCUGCCUUUAAAAAUUACGAAGCCCAGGGGAAACCUCAACCAAACAACUUUGCCAAAUCCAAGUAUGACUUUGUAGCGAGAAAUGGCACUGAACUCUCUGUGGUGAAGGAUGAAAUCUUAGAGGUGCUUGACGACAGGAAGCAGUGGUGGAAGGUUAAAAAUGCAAGCGGUGCUUCUGGAUAUGUGCCAAACAACAUCCUGGAAAUUACCAGAGCAAACCAGGAGCUGGGGGUCGGGAGAGCAGACCCACUGUACAGUCACACCAUCCAGCAAUUGCUCGGAGAGUUAUCAGAGAAACAGAAAACAGACUAUGUCCCGAAACAGCUGAACCCCAUCCCCCCAGCCCCGUCUCCGCCGCCGGCCCCAGCUCCAUUCCCCACCCCUCCCCUGGUGCCCGGGACCUUCACUGGGGGGUGGCGCCCCCCUUCCACCUCCCCUGCCAACGUGAGCCGACAGAACAGUAGUAACUCAAGCGACAGCGGGAGCGUGGUGCUGAGAGACAGCCAGCGGGACAGGCAGCUCCCAGCCAACCGCAGGAAGUCUCACAUGGAGGAGGUGCAGGACGAGCUUAUGCACAGGCUGACGAUCGGGCGCAGCGGGGCCCCCAAGAAGAUCCAGGGGCCCCUAAGAGGCAGCAGCAGUGCGGGGGGGCUGGGGGUCGACCUCUCGUACAGCUCCCCCCCGGAGGAGGUGAAGGCCUGGCUGCAGGCAAAGGGAUUCAGCCCUGUGACCAUCACCAGUCUGGGAGUGCUGACGGGGGCCCAGCUCUUCUCUCUCAACAAGGACGAGCUGCGGACGGUGUGUCCAGACGACGGGGGUCGAGUCUACAGCCAGGUCACCGUGCAGAAGGCAGCUCUGGAGGCUUCGGGCGGGUCAUCGGAGCUGCAGGAGAUCAUGCGGAGACGACAAGAGAAGCUCAGCUCAGUGGCCUGUGACUCCGGGGUGGAGUCCUUCGACGAGGGAAGUGGUCACUAGAGAGCCUUGCAUUAACCUUCCCUUCCUGUGCGUUGUUUUAGGACGCGGUAGACGGGACGGCCGCUUUCACUGAGAUCAUGCGCCGGCGACAAGAGCUCCUGGAUCAGUGACACCCGUAUCAUAGACCAGAGACACACGCUGUACCACCACACGCUGUAGCAUGCCGUCAUAGACCAGAGACACACGCUGUACCACCACACUGCAGCAUGCCAUCAUAGACUAUAGACACACGCUGUACCACCACACUGCAGCUUGCCGUCAUAGACCAGAAAGGCACGCUGCAGCUUACCUAGAGAGAAAAUUCUGAAUAGUUUUUUCAUUUUAGAAAUUGAACAGAGCUGUACUAAAGAACAGCCGGGAUUGUAACAAACAUUUUCAAACAGCUGUAGGUUCUUUGAAUUUGUCACAGAAUGUGCACUUUGCAUGUUUCAGUUUGAAUAGAAGGUGCUGGAUAGCGAGGCUGACUCCCAUUCUUCAUCCCUCAUACACAUUAGGAGAGAUUAAAGCUGUAUUGUGCCGAGUGUGGACGGGGGGCGGGGCGGGGUGCAUACAUACUCUGGCUGAAGACUUUUGUCCAAAUUACAGAAAUAGAAGCACACGU